AUGUGGGGGUGCGGGGAAUGAACGCCCCUGGCUUGGAGGCCAGGGGGUGCUGAUAUAAAUGAAUUACAGGGAUAACAUAACCAACGUGAGACUCGGUUUCCUUUGUCUGUAAAUGUAAUGCGGAUGUUAAACUUGCCGCAUCGUGUCGUCCUGAGCACACAGUAUCCUGAAGCCAUCGAAGUCUGUGUGACGGUGGAAGGCCUGGGACAAAUCUGAGAAGAGAGAGAACCUAAAUUGCUAAUAAAUCUAUAAGAAACAAAUGUUUACAUUCCCUCAGUGAAAAGUAUCAUGUCUAAACUCAACAUAUAUCGGAGCCACACAUGGACACCUCUCCCUUCUCCACUAAGAGCAGAAAAUGAACAAAUCCCAGGAAAAGAAUAUAUUAUUACAGGAACAAGUGUCAUUCAAAGAUGUAUGUGUGGACUUCACCCAGGAAGAGUGGUAUCUUCUGGAUCCUGCUCAGAAGGUACUAUACAGGGAUGUGAUCCUGGAAAAUUACAGCCACCUUGUCUCAGUAGGGUAUUGUAUUACUAAGCCAGAAGUGAUCUUCAAGAUAGAGCAAGGAGAAGAGCCCUGGAUAUUAGAGGAGGCAUUUCCAAGCCAGUGCUACCCUGAAGACUGGAAAGUUGAUGACCUGAUAGAGAGCAGCCAGGAAAAUCAAGAUGAGCAGUUUUGGCAGCUUGCUUUUACCACCAACAAAAUGUUAAAUGUAGCUAGUAGUAAUAUUGUAAGAAAAACUUUCAGUCUGGGCCCAGAACCUGUUCCUUCAAGAAAUUUUCCAUGUAACAUAUGUGACUCAUGUGAGAUGAGCUUGAAAAAUAUUUCAGGCUUAGUUAUUAGUAGGAAAAACUAUUCCAGAAAGAAGCUCGAUGAGUUUAAUAUAUAUGAGAAAUUUCUCCUUGAUAUUAGGCAUGAAAAAACUCCUUCUGCAGGAAAAUCUUAUAAAUAUAGUAAAAAAAGGAGUAUCCUCAAUGGUAGCCAGGAUCUCAUUCAGCCAAUUUUUGACCAACCUUUUGAGUAUAAUGAAAAUGGACAAGGCUUCCAUGAGGAGGCAGCCUUUUUCACAAAUAAGAGAGUUCAAAUGAGAGAGACACUCUGUAAAUAUAAUGAAUGUGGAAGAACCUUCAUCCAAAGUUUAAAGCUCAAUUUGUCUCAGAGAACUGAUUUGGAAAUGGAGCCAUGUGAAUGCAGUAUUUGUGGAAAGUCCUUCUAUAUGAAGUUAAGAUUGGGACAUCAGAGAGCUCCUACGGGGGAGAAUCCUUAUGAAUGUAAUGAGUAUGGACAAAUACUCUGUGACAACUCAGCCUUCAUUAUCCGACAGGGAACCUACACAAGAAAAAUUCCCCAUGAGUAUAAAGUAAGUCACAAAACAUGGGAAAAGGCAGCCCUCUUUAAACAUCAGAUAAUACACAUAGGGGGGAAACCUUAUGAAUGCAGUGCAAAUGGAAUUAAUUUCAACAAGAAGUCACAUCUCACCCAACUUCGGAGAGCUCACUCUGGAGAAAAAACCUUUGAAUGUGGUGAAUGUGGGAAAACAUUCUGGGAGAAAUCAAAUCUGACUCAACAUCAGAGAACACACACAGGAGAGAAACCCUAUGAAUGUACUGAGUGUGGGAAAUCCUUUUGUCAGAAACCACACCUUACCAACCAUCAGCGAACACAUACAGGAGAAAAACCCUAUGAAUGUAAGCAAUGUGGGAAAACGUUCUGUGUGAAAUCAAACCUUACUGAACAUCAGAGAACGCACACAGGGGAGAAACCUUAUGAAUGUAAUUCAUGUGGGAAAUCCUUCUGCCACAGAUCAGCCUUAACUGUACAUCAGAGAACACACACAGGAGAGAAACCCUUUAUAUGUAAUGAAUGUGGGAAAUCCUUCUGUGUCAAGUCAAACCUCAUUGUACAUCAAAGAACUCACACAGGGGAGAAACCUUACAAGUGUAAUGAGUGUGGGAAAACCUUCUGUGAGAAAUCAGCUCUCACUAAACAUCAGAGAACUCACACUGGGGAGAAACCCUAUGAGUGUAAUGGAUGUGGGAAAACCUUUAGUCAGAGGUCAGUACUCACUAAACAUCAGAGAAUUCACACAAGGGUGAAAGCUCUGUCAACAUCUUGAAUGUUCAGAAGACUUUUCCUACCUGUUUUAAUAUACACUUUUAGAAAAUAAAGUUAAUGAAACCCAAAGAAUGCCACAAAUAACUGGAAAGUGAUAAUUUCAUUGUAUUUCUGAUAAUACUAGACUAAAAUCUUAGUGUUUGAGUAUGAAAGCUUUCAACAAAAGUUAAAACUUUAUACCAGGAAAUUUAUACUGAGGAAAUUUAUUCAUUUAAGUAAGGUAGUAAAAACCUUUAUGUAGAAUUUUUGUUGUAUAGUAUAUUCUGGACAUGAUCCAAGUUUUUUUUAUAAGUAUAAUGGAUGAUAUGCAUUUAUGCCCAUAUUUACAGUGGAAUCUGAAGCUUUAAAAAGGUUGACAACAGCACUAUACAUACAUGUGAAGAGUCCUUGAUGUUUGCAGGCCUUAUGUGAGUAUGCUAAUAUAAUAGAAGCUUGGAGUAUGUUUGAUUUGUAUAUUAGAACCCAAUAUGCUUGUGAAGGAGAAAUAUGAACCCUUAGUUAAAUAACUGUUGUAGUCUGUAUUAAUAUUUUCCACACUAAAUGCCACCAGUGUCUUUAUAGAUUAAUAUACAUGUAAAUAUUUUUGUACUGCAUAUACCCACACAUAAAUAGUGGUGUGCUAGAGAAGCUCAUAGUAGCUUAUAAAUAGUGCAUUUGUUAAAUUUUCAGGAAUUGUGUGUGCCAGUUGUUAAACAGUCAUUAUCAAAAAAUUAAAUUAUAUAAACUUACACUACAUGAAAAACAAAGGCAAUAUUCAACAUUCAUCCCUUCCUAAUUAUUUUACAUCAUUUUGCUGCUAUUUUUGUUCUUUGGGUUACUUACUGAAUCUGCACUAUGAAAUACUAUUUGUGCUACUGCACAUCUCUUUCCAACUGUACAUUCAGUGUCAUCAUGUGGCAGCUUGGCUAUAUGGGAGUAUUGUCACCAUGGAAAUUGGAAAAGUUUAGAAAUUAGGAUUUUUAUUUUUUCAGAGAAAUGUUUGUCAAAUAUUUACCAGCAUACCACUGUAUAUGUGUGCAAAUAUAUUUGGAAAAUUCGAGGUACAAACCACACCUCUCUUUGCUGACAGUAAAUGACUAUGGCCAUUGCCGAACUGCCUGUUCAACAAAGAAGUCAAAAUAUGUUUACAUGAGGCUUAAAUACUUCUGCAUCCAGUCUUAUUUUAAAUAUUACCAGAGUUUACUGACAGUUUGUCCAGUACGUGCUAUUUUACAGCCACAUCACCUACCUUUCCUCUGAAUUUGCUGCCACAUAUGAAUGAAUAUGGCCAUUAUUACUGAACAACCACUUCUAUAAAGAAAACAGACAAUAUUUUUGCAAGGUUUUUCGUAUGCUUCUGGUUCAGUCAAUAAGGUAAAUGUUAAUAACAAUGGUAUUUAUGUGAAUUUUGCAAAGGUUUUAACAUCAGUUAUUACAGUAAUACUGCAUUCUAUAAAUGUUAUGUAGAAAUGCCACCGCUUUCACUCUCAUGGUAUUUCAUUACUGUAUUUAGGCAUGGUAUAUGUAAUCCAAGUGGUAUAUAACCCAGGAACUGUGUUUGUACUUAAUAGAAUAUCAUAUAUUGUCUGUCUCCUUUGUCCUACUGUUUCCUAUGCUUCCUAGAAUACAUUGGUGAGCAGUUCCAGGAAAUACUACCCAUUCAACAGCCAUUUCCUGCUUCUUGCCAGACUGCUUGUCCAUCCUUUCUUCAGAUGAUUUAGGGGUAAAUCCAGAUCAGUCUAAUUUACUCAUGGAAAUUCUUUUCUAAUGAUUUUGUUGGGGUGAGCGUGGGAGCAGUGAGAUAUUUGGAAAAUACUCAGCAGUACUUCUGGAAAGAUCUCAAUGAUGAGAUCAUGGCAUGAGAAGAGAGCUUUUCUUUCCUGCUGGACUUUUUCAUGCCUGUAAGUUAUACCAGAUUAAGCUCACAACCCUAAAGGGCACUAGCCUGAAGAUCACAGUAUACAAGAUGAGAAAAGCCUGGCUCAGAGGUGAUGGCACUCAGCUGCACAACUCUGGACCUGUUGUCAACUAGGACUUUGUGUUACCUUGGUAAUGACAUUUUAUUCUUACGACUGUCUGUUACUUAGAGCUGAAUGCAAUCCCCUUGAUAUAGAUACUUUUCUAAGUGUUAAUGUUCUAGACAGUAAUUUGGGGGAAAAAUUAAUUAUUUUGAUGAGUUAGUAUAGGGUUGGCUAUUUCUGUCAGCCAUGGUUGUGGUGUAAAACUGUUCUGUUCCAUCUCAAGAUUUUAAUAGCAAACCUACUGGAGUGGUAUGGGCCAAAAGCAUGGGAUUUUGAAGUACCUGAAAACUAGCAUCAGCAGGAAGCCAUUGCCACUCAAAACUAUAAAGGGGCAAAAUAGAAACAGGUAUUAGCGAGGCCGGAUAAAAGCUGCUGCCAUGGAGGACCAACUUUAAGGAGAUACUGCUACUACCUGAUUUGUGGCACCAAAUUUGGAGACCAUGCCAGGUGCCAUCUGCAGAUCAACCCAGGUGGGCACAAGAGGUGGGGAGAAAUUCUGGGUGAAACCAAUGGAGAAUAAGCAGGAGAGUGUGUUUAAUUCCAUUGAAUUCCUAUUUAAAGACUCAGUAUUAGAAAUAAAGUUAUUCUAGUAGUUAAAAGUUAAGUGUUUCUGUUUGUUGUGCUUUGUAUUGUCAUAAGUAACUUCCUUUUGGAACUGAACACUGUGGCAGGUAUGUUCUUUGACAUGCAUGAAACAGACAUUAAAUUGCAUUAUUUAUAUACUUCUGUGUGUGUGUGUGUUUUUAAAGAUUGAUUUAUGCACACGGGAACUGGGUACAGGCCAGAGGCGCAGGUCGGGGGGAGUGAGAGAAUUCAUCAGAAACACAGAGGGGAACAGAACAGGCAGAUUGACAGAAAUACACUGCUGAGGGGAGCAGCGGGCGAGACAGGAGAGGUCUGCUGUGCCAUGUGGGCAGCUGUGGACAGCCUCUCAGUGCU